AGUGUUCGGCGUUCGUUUGCAUUAUUUUACAGUAUAAUUAUAGGUUAGAGAAAAAUUAAACUCAAUUCUGUUACAAUUCAAUCAAAUGUGUAAAUAAAGUUUGUGAAAAUGGACUCAAGAAAAGAAUCUUUAAGUACUUUAAAAAUUUGUAGGUUUUGUCUUUCUCAAGAUGAAACACUACUUACAAAUUUGUACGAAAAAAAUCGAGCGCCAAAAAAUGCUAUAACUCUACAACUUAAAAUUUUGUCCUGUGUUGCGAUUGAGGUUUUCCCUUCGGAUAAAAUGCCUCCAUACAUAUGCACUCGCUGCAAGUUUUUCAUGGACCUCAACUUUGAGUUCAAGAGAAUCUGUCGGUCAGCUGAUGAAAAUAUACUGCAGUUUAUUCAGAAUGGAACAACAUUAGAAUCCUUAAAUUGGCCACCCUCUUUGAAAAAGAUUUUCCAAUUGAAAAGUAAAGGUAAAGUUCCAGCUGAAGUUCCUGUCAUGAAAACUGUAAUAGAAGGCGGUGCUACAGUACAGGUCUCAACUCAAGAUCUCUCUGACACUGAUAUGGAGGAUGACGAGAAUGUCUACAAUAUAAAGAUAGGUGACGGUCCUGAUGAUGAAAGCAACAGUGCCCGGAUUAAAGUGAUCACCACUGACAAUUCUAAAGAAAAAACUAAAUCUUCUAACAAAGUGCGUUCGAGAUGUGAUACAGAUUAUGAGGAGAUUGACAUAGCCCUACACAAAUCGCCAGCGAGCGAUGACGCGUGCUGGCCCUGUGAUGAAUGCGACAGCACUUUUCCUCUCCAGCAAUUGUUUGAGCUACAUAAAAUGACGAAACACCGACCGAGAACGGAAACGUGCAACGAGUGCAAUGCAAAAUUUUUCAACAAAUACGAUUUGUCCGUACAUCAGCUUCGCCAUUCGAAUGACAUGUCGUUUGAAUGCAUUGCGUGCGAUAAAAAGUUUAAACGACAAAUUCUAUUAAAAAGACAUGAAAAGUUGGUACACCCAGAUUUACCUCAGCAGUCAUGUCCUAGUUGUCCAGCCAGUUUCUUAUCGAUAGAGGAAUUGGAGACGCAUCAGCGAAAACAUGCCCACGCUCAAGCCCGACCAUUUUUAUGCACAAUAUGUGAUAAAAGGUUCCCAGAGAAAUCUACUCUACAACGCCACAUAGACGCGGUUCAUAAUGCAAAGCAAACAUUCAGCUGCGAAUAUUGUCCACAGCGUUAUUCGUCAAUAACUAAAUUGACGAGGCACGUGCGUACCCAUGCCGGUCAGAGGUCGUAUCCCUGCAAAUUCUGCAACAAGAGCUUUGUAAAAUCGCACCAUUAUACUAGACACCUGCGCGCGAAGCACGCGUCGCAGAGCGCGAGCCGCGCCGAGCCCGAGGAGCAGUUCCGCUGCGAGCAGUGCGACGACGCGUUCUCGACGCAGGACGACCUCAUCUACCACUCCGCCAUACACGCCACGCAGAACCUCAUCUGUCCGCUCUGCCAGGAGAAGUUCGACGACGUCGACGCCGUCACUGCGCACAUCAAGUCGCACGUCAACGGAUUAGAAUUCAUGUGUGACUAUUGUGAAUUAAUAUUCACCGAAAGAGAAAAACUUGAUAACCACGUGGCAACGGUGCACGAUGAAGAAAUCAUUAGUGAGGUUGGGCAAGACGAUUCUUCAAUUGAAAUGGACGCAGAAGAUGCAGAAGAAGAAGACGAUGACAACCCUAUAAAUUUGACCGAGGAGAACGGUGAAAUGGUCGUGGAAAUUAAGAAAGCUGAGAAUUUUAUGCUUGAUACCUACAAAGGUGAGGCCGAUCCGGGAGUCACUGUGGACAACACAGAACACAACUCUGAAGAUUCAGAAAUAGAGAUGACUUUCACAGACAUGUCCAGAGUGGAUCCUGUAACUGGUCCUAUUAAAGAUGAAUUGUCUGAGAAGCAACCCAGCCCGCCUUCCGCGGAGCCAGUCACAUUGAAGUUAAACGAGCAAUCUACUGAAAAAUGUGAAAGCCAAACGGCGAGAAUACUUCGCAAGGCGGAAGAAGUAAAGAGAAAAACACAGUCAAAGAUAGACGCUCCUCAAGAAAAAAAGGAUAAACCAAAUAACAAUAACAAAGUUGAAAGCAGUACGCCCGUAGGCGCCAGUGACAAAUCACUACGAUUACUGGAAAAGGAAUUACAAGAUCUUAAACGGACAAACACGAGAUCAGAACCAUUUAAAACAUCAACGAAACCCUUAGAAUCUUUAAGGAGUAGACGACCGCAAAUUCACACUUCAACUCCAAAAACGAGACCGGCCGAUGAAAAGAAACCUCAACUGGUGCAAUCUAAAUUGACUCUGAUCGAUAAGAAAAUCCAAGAGAAACGCGCUUUGACAAAAGAAAACAAAGAACCAAAGGAAGCCAAGGAUAUAAAAAAUAACUCGAAUGCUAAAGAUGAGAAGGAAGUAAAAGAGGUGAUUAAAGAUAAGACUGGAUCUAAAAAUGGCACAAGUGAAAAACGUGAAGACGGACCCGUCCGACGAUCAGCUCGACCCUCUAAAAUCAGAGACUACGCUAAAAUGAUCCGAGAUAAUUCUCAAAAUUCAGACUUUUCUAAUGAAGAUUCUGACAAUGAUGAUUCCGAUGAUAACGAGUUCAAGGAAACUGAGAUACCUCCCGAGACCCGUAUGAAGCAACGAAGAGCCAGUGUCAAGCCAGUAGUAGUCGCAAAACAAGCUCAAACGUCUUCUGAACCGACACCCACGCCGCCCAGGAAAAGGGGAAGACCACGUAAAGACUCAAAAUUGCCCCCUAAAAUCAAGAAGGAAGAUAAAGCAGAAACCAAAAUUGAACAAGUAAAUUUGGAAAAAUCUCAAAAAGAUAGUGAUAGCAGCAAACUUGAUAAAGUAACAUCAGAAAAAGAGGAUGGAAGCAAAUCUGACCUAACGGACAGUGAAUCAGGCAAGCCGAACUCUGAUCAAAACGCACCGGGUGGAGUUUUGGUCUCUCCUACGACAGGACAAACACUAAAGAAGGUACCAAUCAAGGCACUUCCGCCAGGAGUAAAGCCAUUACCUCUACUGGCAAACACGAGAUUGGGUAGCGGCGAAGUCUGUGAAAUGCAAAUAGGAAAGAAGUUAGUCAAAGUACAGAAGAUAGUUAUGACGAAAGCAGAAGUGGAAGCCAUGGCCAAGAAGGGGCUCGUCGAAAUGAAGGACGGCACGAUGGUUCUGAAGCAAGGAAUAAAAAUACCAACUGCAGAUAACAAUACGUUAAAAUCUACAUCAAUCGGAGAAGGUUACGAGGCGAGCAAAGAAUCUCCUAAAAAAGAAAGGGGUGCACCCACGAGAUGUGACAUAGGCGACGAUUCCUUGAAAUAAUUUAAAUACAUCGCCUAAUUUAAAUGAAAUUUAGAAUAUUUUUACUAAAUAUCUAUUCAAACAUUGUGUAAAGAGACCGUUCUCGAAGCGAGCUAAUCGCAUCAAGAUAUUCAUUUACUAAACCAAGCUUAGAUACUUUUUCAUGAACUAGAUUAUGCUUUUCAAUUUUAAUUGUGAAUAAUGCAAA